CCGGACUCAUCUAGCUCAUCGCAUCUCAUCGGGCAAAAAUGGCUAGCAAGGAAGUUGUUUUGGCGCACGUCGCCAAGUUCUUGGCUAGUGACGAAAGCCUUCAAAAGGUGCACCGUGCUUUGGAAAGCUACGUGAAGAAACAGAAUGUGACCUUGCCCACUGUCGCAGGCGAUUUGGAGUCAAUUCUCGAGAAAAACGAAAGCAACACAGAGCCAGCAGCGGCCGAGAAAGAGAGCAGCUCGGACUCGGAUUCCGACUCCAGCUCUGACUCGGACUCGAGCUCUGACUCGGACUCGAGCUCCAGCUCCGAUUCAGACUCUAGCUCCAGCUCGGAUUCGGAUUCUAGUUCCAGCUCGGACUCGGACUCCAGUUCUGGUUCUGACGCUGACACGGAAAGUGACAACGAGUCCGAAGACGAGAUGCAAAAAGAUGACUUGGACACGAGCUCCAAGACGGAGUCAAUUCCUGAGGCCGAGCCAGCCACGCCUGCCAAGGCGAACGCUGGUUCCGAUUCCAGCUCCAACUCGGACCUGGACUCGGACUCGGACUCUAGUUCCAGUUCCAGUUCCAGCUCCAGCUCUGACUCCUCUGACUCUGACUCUGAUUCGUCUUCUUCGUCGUCUUCCUCGUCGUCUUCUGACUCAUCCUCGUCGUCUUCUGACUCUUCCUCGGACUCCUCUUCUGACUCCGAGUCUGAGGCUGAAUCCAAGAGCACAAAAAGAAAGGCCGAGGAUGACGGAAUUGCCACCAAAAAAGCCAAGGUGGAGGCCAAAGACGAGUCGCCUGCCAUCCCAGCCUCGGAGGACGAAUUGAAGCCUGGCCAAAGAAAGCACUUCUCGAGAAUCGACCGCUCGAAAGUAUCGUUCGAGGCCCAGGCACUCCAGGACAACCAGUACAAAGGCGUGGCAGGCACCUGGGGAGAAAUGGCCAACGACAAGUUGUUGCAGGUUCGUGGAAAGGACUUCACCAAGAACAAGAAUAAGAUGAAGAGAGGUGCCUACAAGGGUGGCAGCAUCACCAUGGCGUCAGGCUCCUACAAGUUCACCGACUAAGUGUGCCGCACUGAGAAGCCGGGUUCUUGGGUAUCAUUAUUGUUAAUACUACUAAUAGAGCAAGGCCCGCUGGCACGCGGGCCGCAUCUUCCAGGCCAGUUUACGCUGAGGGAAGGAAAUAAAAGAAUUUAUGAUGCAAGGCAAUGUCUCGCUUUGGCCACGAUUUUGGGGAUGCGGAGGGGCACACGGCCGGGCUGAUGAUGCUGUGACUAGCAUUGGUGGUGUGUGGAACAGUAGUGUUUAAAUUCCGAGUACCCGGCACGGUGAAUGUAAAACACUUUUUUUAUAUCAUUGUCUGUAGCGCUUUACCCGUCCUCUUUUGAGAUUUAUUGAUGAUGGCUAAAAAUGCUCGGUUUUCACUGGUUUGGUUACGGCCAGAGAGCUACUGCCCCAAAUUCUAAGUUCGCUCAUGCGACGCC